UGGUCUCUGGCAACCGACAUAUGCUGCGUUCUCGAUCUUGGUUGCUGGAUCGGACGCAGCUUCACACACAUAGGAAAAUCAGGCAACCUCCAUUUAAAUAAGUAUUUUCUAUAUAAACUGAUCAGCUGAUUUGAGUUGUUUGUGGAAAUUUGAGGUUAUGAUACUAUAAUCUCUUAGGAUAUAGACUAAAGUUUAGAUAAUUAAUUCCAAAAUAGUAUUUCUUUAUUAUUUUAGACACUAUAAAAAUGCUCUUAAACUGCUUAAAAUGCUCCAACCUACAAAAAUUAACCGCAAGAACCCUCAAGACUACGCCGGCGAUGUUUCUAAGCCAAGGACGCCGUCAGGAACCUCAAAAAAAAUCCCGUUUUCAAUUAUUAAAAGAGAAACAACAGCAAACAAUGACCAUACAAAAUCUGCCAGAAACUGAAUCAGUGGGUACAAUUUUAAAAGUUCAAAAACACAAUCAGGAAAUUCCCAAAGGGUUUAAAACUGUGUACAAGUUUCCUUGGAUUAAAUAUUUUGGAUUAGUAAAUCGUUUAAAGGUUUAUCAGACAGUUUUUACCGGGAUUGGUGUGUCCAGUUCAGGACUUUCUUGGGCAUUUGGCCUUUGUGAUGCCAGCAUGUUUUAUACUGUUUCAAUUCUUGGUUUUUCCGGUUGUGUAUUUCUUUACAGUCUGGGUAUGAUAUCCACAAAUUUUGUAGGUUUUAUUUAUUACAAUGAUGACACGGAUAUGGUUAGAAUAGCUUAUGUUGAUUAUUGGGGUCGAAGAAGAGAUAUAGAGGUACACACUAGUGAUAUUAUUCAUAGUGAUGAAUCUCCUGUUAGACUUAUUAAUAAAGUUUGGUUUCCCUUGAAGAGGCACUCCACUAGUGAAAUUUUAAAACUUCAGUUGGAAACUGGGAUUAUUUUAGAUAAAAAGGCGUUAAACCGAAUUGUUUAGGUUAAAAAAAUAUACAUUUUCUAUAAUUUAA